AUGGAGCGACAGUCGAGGCCAUUCGCCAGCAUUCGAUCGUCAGCGAUCGACGGUAUUGCGCAGAACCCCUAUUACAAGCUGGCGCAGCUCAAGAAGCUUCAUCAGGCCCUUGUCGAAAAUGCUGCGAGGAUUCAAAAUGUCAUGAGCGAGGACGCCGGUUCAACGCCAGUCAGUGUCAAGGUCGAGUUUUGUCUCGCUCUUCGCUGUGUAGCCGACGCCCACGCCUCGAUUGAGCCCAAGAAAGUCCUUGCCGAUGAAUACGCCCUUGCACAUGGCGUGGACUCUCCAGAAGCAAGGGAGCCAGUUGGCAUUGUGGUGAUCGAACCGUCUUCCCAUUCGUUUACUCACAGUCUUCUGGCUGCCCUCGCACCAGCCCUCGCGGCUGGAAAUUGCGCAAUUGUCCAGUACGAGAACUCGUUACGAAGGACACCAGGGGUUGUUUUGGAGAUCAUUGGCCGAGCUCUGGACAGCGACAUCUUCACAUUCACAUCCAAACCCGCAACGGACGCCGACAUUGGCCAUCGACACAUCCGCGUUAUACAGAAUGGCACUCUGGAGACAUGCCCGAGUCACCACCUUGUGUCUGCACCAAUGACGCCUGUGGUGGCAUUCGUGGAAAGAGAUGCAGACAUUGACGCAGCGGCAAAGGCCAUCGCCAUCGCUCGCUUCAGCCAAGGAGGGAACUCGCCCUACGCUCCUGAUGUUGUUCUCGUCAAUGAGUGGAUCAAGCCACAGUUCCUGACCGCUGUGGUCCAGCAGCAUGUGCAUAUCAGUUCGAAAGACACGUCCCCGAGCAAACCCACGAGAGGCACACGCUCCAAUGUAGCGACUGAGAGCGAAAAAGAAGGAUCUAACAUCAUCUCGUUGGGCCAGAAUGGGACGAUUAUAGAUGUCGGAGAUAGGCAAUCCAUCUUGGCGAGACCAAAGGUCACCCAAGCGUCAUUGAGAAUUCUGGCGGUCAAAAGCAUGGACGAUGCCAUUGAGAUAUCUAACCAAAUCGGACCUUUGGCAGCCGCCUAUGCCUUUUGCACUCCAGCCAUGGCGAAGUACUUCUGCCAGUUCACCAAGUCUGAGCUGCACUUUGCGAAUCAGCUGCCCACGAAGCUCUUAUACGGUCCGAUGGCCCCCAAUGGGAACCCCCCUUGUGAUGCUUCGCUUACCCUAUAUACCCAAAACAUGUUCACGGUGCCACGGCCUCAGUUUAUCGUCUCCGCCAAGAACAAUGAGCGUAUAGACGCCUUUCAUUUCGGCCGCGACUCUGUUCAGGAUCUCGACAAGUUUGCGGCCGAAGCAACCGCGCAGCUCCCUGAUCCAAAACGCCCCGGCAAAGCGGUGCCUCUUGGUUUUUUUGAACAAGGAAUCGUCACUGGGUUGGCCUUAACUCUGUCUGCUCUCAUUGGAGGUAGUGGAUUGAUAGGCUACUCUGUUUUGUGGUAUUGGAGGACACAGAGAUCAUAG